UUGGAUGUUUCGGUACAGCAUCACCCCGAGUGCGUCAGUCUGGCUUGGGGGGCAAUGAAGCUGCUCUUUAUUCUGGUUGAGAACCAUGGAAAGUUGGUGAAAACCCUCUCCAAAGGCUUAACUCAGAUCGCAGAUGCCCUGCCGCGUAUCGAACUUGCAAACAUCCUCUAUCCAACAGCUCAGAUGCAGCAGGCCGUCUUUCUUUUAUACAGCCAUGUCAUUCGAUAUUUCAUAAGGGCGGAAGAGUGGUAUCAGCAAAGUGAACCCCGCCAUGCAUGGGAAGCGUUCGCAAGACCCGCAGAAAUUCGUUACAACGAUCUCAUUGCGGAUAUUGUAGAGUGUACUAAAGAGGUUGAAAGCUUGGCUACUGCAGGGGCUCAAGCUGAGCAGCGUGAUAUGCACUUGGAGAUUCGAGACCUAGGAAAGAGAUUGAGAGACUCAGAAACCCUCCUUCUAGAAAUGCGAGGAUUGCUCAUUUCCUAUCAGUGCAUUCAAACUAGCGCAAACUUGGAUACGAACGUACGACUGACCGACCUCCAACUGAACCAAAUCAUGGACUUUCUCUCGGGAGCGAAUAAGUUAGACCCGAUCAAAGCACUCGGAUACCGUCUUUCCAUCGGCAGAAGACAUAGAGAGCGCCCCAGGAAUGCUGAAUCCGGUCCAGCAUUCUGGCUCAGUCCCAAAUUCUCGACUUGGGAAUCGUCUUCUUCUCCAGCACUCAUAAUGGUGAAGAGUGACUACACACAUCGCCUUCGAGUGCAAAACUUUAUGAUAAAUGUCAUCAAUGUGUUACGGGGCCAGCAAAUCCCUGUCAUAUGGGCCAUCAAGGGAUUGUCUCCAACCGGGCCAAGUGCUGCCCCAGUGGUUGAUAUUGUGAAAGGCCUCGUGUGCCAAGCGAUCCCGCUAAACGUCUCUUUGCAUACUGAGCACCAUCUUGCUUUCAACUGUGCGCAGUUCAGAGCGGCAGAGACCCCAGAACAGUGGUUCGACCUUCUAGCCCGCGUUAUCGCCAACCUUCCCCAACUACACAUCAUUGUCGAUAUUGAAGCCGUCGGAACUGCGUAUACGCAUGCCGCCAUAAUGGCUCACGGAUUCUCAUGGCUUUCGACAUUCCUCGCCAUGUUCCAGAAAUAUUCCUUUCGAAAAUGGAUUGCUCGGCUCAAAAUUCUACUUAUCAGCUACGGCUCAGCAGCAACGCAAAUGAGGGAUUUAGCAAAACACUAG